AUGGUUUGGAACACCAGUUUCAGACUUGGUAGCGGAGCUGCUGCAGCCGCGGAAGUUUUGCCCACCACUGCCGUGGCAGACGACAUGCACAAGGGCAACUACCCGCGGGAUUACAACAACAAGAGCUACGCGGUCAACGCUGAGUUCGACCGCUACGUGCGCACUUACUCCAGCGUUUACACUGCCCCCAUUCCCCCGACCGCUUGGACUUCCGACGCGCCAGGAGACUCGACCGACGAGGUGAAGGCCUUCCUCGCCUCGUCCACUCCGUCGAUCGCGAGAAGCCUCGACUUUUACAACGACAUUUACAACAUCCACCACUACUUUCUCGACUACGACCUCAUCCACCUUUGGUCGGGGAGGCGCGAGUGA